GCAACAAUAACGUCACGAGGUUAGUUUCAAAAUUGUAAUUACUAGAUUACCCUCAACUCUAUGGCCCACAUACCGUAAUCGGUAUACCCUCAAAAUAAACGCUCAGAUUUUUAUGAAAAAAACGUUAACCUAAAAUCUUUCACUCCUUUUACUUAAAAUUUUUCGAUACUCUUCUCCCGAUCUUGAUUCAAAUCUUCAAACCAGAGCUGAACCAAGGACCUUCAACAAACCUUCCUAUACUCUUCAGAUUUACCCUCAAUUUCCGAAUUUAUUUCCCUAAAAACCCUAUCUUUCUUUCUUUGAUAGUUUCAUUACAUGAAAGAUUUGAAUUCUUUGGAACGUUACAGCCAACGGAAAAAUGAUAGUUAGAACGUACGGUCGUCGGAAUAGUCGGAAUCGAGGCAUGGCAAGAAGCUACUCCGACUCCGGUUUUGACGACGACGUAUCUGACAGCUUCAGAGACUCUUCAUCCCAAGAAAGCCCCCAAGAUAUAUACAGUUUCGCGUUCUCGUCCCAAGAUUCGUCCCACUGGGCCUUCGAUUCGGACCCCCUAGGCUCGAAUUUGCCUCAAGAAUCGCGUCAAUUGGCGAUUCUGCCUCCGAGAAAGCCACUGAUCGGCGGGAAUUUGAAGAACGGCGAUGGGGAUAUCCGGAAAUCGAAGAAGGCGAGAAACGGGAAGAGCGAAUUGGAGGUGCCCAAGAAGUUGAAAUCGAAACGGAUGAGAUCGGUGUCAGUGGUGCCGGCCACGUUGAUGUCAACGGCGACGUUGAUGGAGACGCAGGAGUUUGGGGAAAUGAUGGAACAUGUGGAUGAGGUGAAUUUCGCUUUGGAUGGAUUAAGGAAGGGCCAGCCUGCUCGGAUUAGGCGGGCGAGUCUGCUGUCUUUGUUGUCUAUAUGCGGCACUGCGCAGCAGCGGCGGCUUUUAAGAACUCAUGGGAUGGCGAAAACAAUUAUUGAUGCUGUUUUGGAACUCAGCUUUGAUGAUUCACCUAGCAAUCUGGCUGCUGCAGCACUCUUCUACAUUUUGACUAGUGAUGGUCAGGAGGAUCACCUUUUGGAUUCGCCGGGUUGCAUUCGUUUCCUAAUAAAAUUGUUGACACCACUCACCUCUGAUGCUACUAAAGACAAAGUACCAACCAUCGGCCAUAAGCUUCUAGCUUUUCGUAAGGAUGCUGGUAUCUUACAAGAUGUUAACGGAGUGGAUUCCACAUCUGCUGCAAUCAUGCUCAAAGUUCAGGAGAUUCUUGUAAGUUGCAAGGAAAUGAAGUCAAGUGAUGGCAAUGAUGCUGGAAUGGGGAAGCCGGAGUUGAGCCCAAAAUGGAUAGCUUUGUUGGUGAUGGAGAAAGCUUGCUUAUCUACAAUUUCUCUUGAAGACACCACCGGUGCUGUUAGGAAGACAGGUGGCAACUUCAAGGAAAAAUUACGAGAGCUUGGAGGACUUGAUGCGGUCUUUGAGGUCACUAGGAAUUGUCAUUCCAUUAUGGAGGGAUGGCUGGAACAAAAUUCAUCUUCAAUUCAAGAAUCGAAGGAUAAUGUCAAUCUAGAAAGUUUGGUGCUGCUUUUAAAAUGUUUGAAAAUCAUGGAAAAUGCCACAUUUCUUAGUAAGGAUAAUCAGAUUCAUUUGCUUGGAAUGAAAGGAAAGUUCGACCACAAGGGUUCCCCUCGAUCUUUUACAAAACUCGUUAUUAAAGUCAUCAAGAUCCUUUCAGGUCUAUCUUUACUGAAGAGUUCCUCGAGCAGUUCCUACGAGGAAGAGUUUUAUAAUCUUUCCAAUGGGAUUUGUGCUGCUUCUGAAAUGCCUUUAAUGGAAGAUAGCAAAGUGGACAGUGAUGAGAUCAUAUCCAUCAGUUCUUCUAUAAGGUUCAGUAGAACAGAGCAGACCACUUCUCAGAGGAGUCUCAGUGAAUCUCAGAACAGUGAAUGGUUGUUUUCUGGCCUGUCAAGGAAUUCUAAUCCCAGUUCUGAAUUUACCAACACAUCAGCUGAUAAUUGUUUGUUAAAAAUGAGAAUCAAUUCUUCCACGUCAGGCUCAUGCAGUGGAACUUCAAGGAGUUCAACUAGUGGAGUAUCUGCAAGUAAUGAUUGUUCAAGGAUGAACUUUGGUCUUGGUAAGGAACCCAAAUUUACUGGAGAAAGCAACUCCGAACUUCCAGAGGACAGCCAGGAUCCUUUUGCUUUUGAUGAAGACGAUUUUGAGCCAUCUAAGUGGGACUUACUGUCGGGAAGACAAAGAGCAUCUCAAACUCAAAAACCAAAGGCAACAUCAAGAGAACAUGAAGAUGGAUGUCAGUCCAUAGUGAUGCUAAGCCAUCAAGUAUCAGGUGAUGGCGAAAAUCAUCAUUCUAAUGAGGUCUCUUGUUCAUCUGCUGUUGAUGAAAAGAAGUCCAAUCUUCUAGUAGACUGCCUUCUUGCAGCUGUCAAGGUUCUGAUGAACUUAACAAAUGACAACCCUAUGGGCUGUCAGCAAAUUGCUUCAUGUGGAGGACUGGAGACUCUGUCCUCGUUGAUUGCAAACCACUUUCCAUUAUUCAGCUCAUUUUUGCCUCCUGUCAGUGAGAUGAGAGAUACUACCUCAUUCUCCAAAUCAAGUAUCGAAGUUGACCAUCAAAAUGACGGACAUCUCACUGAUCAAGAGUUAGAUUUUCUUGUUGCUAUCUUGGGUUUGCUUGUAAACUUGGUCGAGAAGGAUAGUUGCAACAGAUCACGGCUCGCAUCAGCCAGUGUUUCUUUGCCCGGUUUGGAAGCAGUGGAAGAUGAAAGUUGUAGGGAUGUAAUCCCACUUCUGUGUUCCAUCUUUUUGGCCAACCAGGGGGCAGGGGAAGCAGAUGAAGGGAAGCAGUUGACGUGGGAUGACGAGGCAGCUGUGUUACAGGGAGAGAGAGAAGCUGAGAAGAUGAUUGUAGAAGCUUAUUCAGCGCUUCUUCUGGCAUUCCUUUCAACUGAAAGUAUGAGCAUACGCAAUGGAAUUGCUGAAUAUCUUCCAGAUCGCAACCUGGCGGUUCUUGUACCUGUGUUGGAAAGAUUCGUGGAAUUUCAUCUGACACUAGACAUGAUCUCGCCGGAGACUCAUACAACGGUGCUUGAAGUAAUUGAAUCGUGUAGGGUUCCUUGAGAUGUUGAGAGCAUAGACAAUUUGUGUGAGCUUCAUUGUUUCUUCGGAUCAACUAUUUGUUGUUCCACGAUGCCCGUGGAGAUGGAACUGCUGGCCGCUGCACAAUAUCAAACUGACCAGGGGCCUGUCAUAUAGUCUGCUUUACCCCAUCCCUUGUUUGUAUUUUUCUCCUUUGAUUUUUUCAUUUACAUUAUUCUUCCACCUCUUUUUCACCAUCUGUGGUGCAGGCUAAAGAUGAUUGUAUACGAAAAUGAUAGCACAAAUCUAGAUGUUCUCCUACAUGCAUUGUGUAAUUUGUAUUUUUUUUUUUUUUUGUUGUAUCUGUUU